GCAUUUACAAAUGCUCGUCAACAGCUUCCGAGAUUAUGUGAAUCGGUUAUUUUUGGUAAACCAUGUAAGUAUACCGAGAAAUGCACAUCAUUGCAUUCUAUUGAAGAAUACCUAAAGAUUAAGCCACCAGAUAUAGGCUCAAUUUGUUAUAAUUUCGAUCAACGUGGUGUAUGCCCAUUUUCUUUUGCAUGCAGGUUUGCAAAUGCACACACAUCUAAUGCAAAGCAAAUUACUAAAUCUCCAGAUGUUUCAUACAAAAAAACUUUAAAUGCCAAUUCAGUUCCGCUUCAGAUUGCACUAAGGAAACGAAAAUAUGAUUUUGGAAAAAGUGAUCAGGCGGUUGCUGAAUUAUUGCAAACAUUAGGUUGCAUGGAACGUGAAAAUUUGAAAAUUGAUAUGCGAGAAUUAUCGGGGAAGUUAUAUUUGGCACCAUUAACAACGUUAGGCAAUUUACCAUUUCGUCGACUUUGUGUAGAUUUUGGUGCUGAAAUAACGUGUUCUGAAAUGGGAAUUUGUACAAACUAUCUGAAUGGUACAUCGUCGGAAUGGUCAUUAUUAAAGCGCCAUCCAAAUGAAAAGUAUUUCGGUGUCCAAUUAGCAGGUGGUUAUCCUGACUCAAUGUCUCGUGCUGCACAAAUUAUUGCUGAGAAUGAGCAAAUAGACUUUAUUGAUAUCAACUGUGGUUGUCCGAUUGAUCUAGUCAAUGAAAAAGGUGGAGGGUGUAGUUUGGCUUUGAGAUCUAAUAAGCUUGUUGAGGUCAUGAAAACAAUGUCAAAAGUAAUUGGAAAUACUCCGCUAACCUUGAAAUUACGGACAGGAAUUAAGGAAGGUGUUUACACUGCUCAUCAAACAAUCUCGAAAGUGGUUAAAUAUUGUCCUCCACAGCUAAUUACUUUGCAUCCUCGUUCUAAGGCUCAACGAUAUACAAAAUUGGCGGAUUGGUCAUAUACACAACAAUGUAGUGAGGCCUGCCAAAAUAUUCCAUUUUGGGCCUGUGGUGAUGUACUUUCUUAUACAGAUUAUUAUGAGAAGUUAGAAAAAUAUCCAGUUAAUGGUGUUAUGAUUGGUCGCGGAGCACUUAUGAAACCAUGGAUUUUUACAGAAAUUAAAGAAUGUAGGCAUUGGGAUAUUACAGCUAGUGAACGAUUGGAUUAUAUACAGAGAUUCGUUAAUUACGGUUUGGAGCAUUGGGGUAGCGAUGAUGAGGGAGUGGAAAAAACUCGUCGUUUUCUCUUGGAAUGGCUUUCUUUCGCAUAUCGUUACAUACCUGUUGGUUUGUUAGAGGUUGUGCCACAGCGCAUGAACGAGAGACCGCCGUUUUAUCAUGGCCGUUCCGAUCUAGAAACUUUGUUGGCUAGCGAUCAGUCUAGAGAUUGGAUUAAAAUUUCGGAGAUGUUUUUAGGAAAGGUACCAGAAAAUUUCUUGUUCAUACCGAAGCAUAAUGCUAAUGCUUAUUUAAAGAUUGAUGUUUCUAAAAGGAUUCCCACUACAAAGCAAAGCAAUGAUGAAUAG